GUGUUUGAAAGAAAAAACAGAAAAUACAAAUCAAACAAUUAUAGUACCGGUACUCGUCGCGAGUGCAGUUCCAGAUUCAUUUUUUACCGUCCGUGACAUGUUGUUCGUGAGCCUGCGCUGCCGCCUGGAACGGAGGCCGGGAACUCUCACGCAGAGUCUUAUCACUAUUUUGGAAUAAGGACUAGCUGUUAACGCCAGGACUUGGUCUUCUCUCCUGUUCCGUUCUCAGGCUAUGUGGACACGUGGGCCAGUACAUCGACAAUAUGGAACAGUAUGGACCAACUGAAUGAUACCUUUCCUCAAGAAAUAACGCAAACUCCACCCGAGAACCCGAUGUAUGCAGGUGGUAUAGCGGUGCUUGUGGCCUUUGUUCUGUUCAUGUACUGGGGAUCCCUCCAUGAAAAAGAUGACACGGAGGACGAUAAAAAGAAGAAACCAAAGAAGCAAGUUCCAAACUGGUUACAGAAGACCGUUAUCCAUGGAAAGAGGAAAAAGAAGAGGACAAAUAAACGAAAAGGUGUUUAUAGUGUGAGUGACGCAAUGUCUAAACAUUUACUCGCCGAUACGGGUCAGGAACAGACUACAUGUGCCGAGUGCGAAAAGUGUAGGAUCCAUGAACACAACAUGCAAAUCAAAACGACAUCUUCCACUUCAGACGGGGCACAACUAUCAAGUAAAACCACGAGUAAUAAGACUGCGCGUAGUGCCAGCUGCAACCGCGUCGCGCGUCCAUUGUUAAAUAUUCGUGGUAAGGAGAACGCACCCGUAUGUCAGCCUCGAAAUGAACGUGCGAACUCGUCACCCGAAAUCACCGUUGCUACGCCCAAGCCAAAGAACACCGCGUGCACAUGUGCGCGUCCGAGACAAAAUGGCGGAAAUGCGGCGCAUCCUCCAAAAAGGCAAUGCGUGGCUCCUUCGGAUCGCGAUGACGAGGUAGUCCUGGUCAAGUGUUGUGAGAGGAAUUGUGAAAGAACAUCCGAGCUAACUACAGAGGAUAGUUUGCACAUCGAGAAGGAGACCAGGAAUAAUCUUUUAGACCUGGAUAAGCCCUGCCUGAAGAGUAAAAUGCCGUGCAGCAGCGGUGGGGUGACGGCCAACGGGAAAGUUCUGCGCCAGCUCGACGAUGCAUCCGUACGUCUUGAGAGCCACCCCAACGUCGCAAUUACCAUUUUUGCCGAAUCGGUUAUUUGAAGGGAACGACGUGAGUGUGGUCUUUUGAGUUUCAAUUUGGUCCGGUCUUGAAAAGGACGGACCUAAAAGCUGAUGAACAAGCUUUUGGCUGAUCUGUUGGAAGGUCGCUUGUUCCAUCUUGCCUUUAGCGGCGGUUUCUUGCGUUGGGUUCUCCAUGGAAUCGUGAAGGGAAAGCGCUUGCGCUACUUUCUGGAAAGUCUAACAGAGAACACACCAUCAUGAAAAGGUUGUUCAACUCUACAUCCUAGUCUUUACCAGAAGAAAAGAAAAAGUAGCCGAAAAGAAGAUUGAGAUAUUUUGUCGAAGAAGAUCACGUUUUAGACAUGUGCCUUAACAUUGAUAUUCAGUAUAAUUGUGUAAUUAUAGAUCUUCGAUACGCACAAAGUAUGGCUAUACAAGUCAUUCUCAAACUUGAUCAUUCUUGGUAUGUUUUCGGAUAAGGUAAUAUGUAUUUUAAGGUAUUGCAACCUGCUAUGGUAUAGUUGGUCAAUGUUCUACGUCAGGACAUUCAUAAACAUGUCAUUAUCCAGAAGAUGGUUUUAUUCAAACGGAAUGCUUUAUUUCUAAUGCUUGUGAGCGUGAAUGACCUAGGAAGUUACGUUGUUAUUAUCAGGUUCGUAGGGACUGUUUCUUGCGGAAUACAUUUUAUUGAUUAUAUUUCAUUCUCAACUUCCAAUGUUCGCAUUUUCUCCCAAUGAUCAUUGUGAUCAGAGUUUGAUUAGAAGAAUAUUGACUCAUUCCUCUUAUAAACGUAUUUUGGAAACUAUCUAUUUCUUUUAUAAGAUUGGGAUAUAUGUGAUAUCAAUUUGUUCUAGGAAAGGGGGAGGGAAUGUAAAAUACAAGUCAUGAUCACUUUAUUUCAUUGUCUAGACAUUUUCAAACUUGAUGGUUCGAUGCUUGUAAGAUUUAGGCUGAGGCAAAACACUUAGAGGUUUGUAAAGUGCUAUAUCAGGUCGUUCAUGAACAUUUUGCUAUGGAGGGUCUGAACUUCUUUAGUGAGGGAUGCUUGUUUUAAAGCCCCACCGCACUAGUUUGGCCAGGAGGGAUUAGACCUCCCUGCAUGGUCACUGACAGGUGGUUAUCUCAUCAAAUAAGCUCUCAAUAAACAUGAAAAAAGAGGAUCAUGGGGGACUAAUGGUCACUAAUUAGGCAUUGUUUGCUAUAUAGAUGGCACAAGUAGCGAUAAGUAGUCAGUGGGGCUUUAAGGGCUGUCAAAAUGGAUGCCCUAAUUAUAGGGAAGUUAACUUGUCUUGGUCGUAUUUUGUGAGGGGCUGUUUCUCUUGUGGAAGAAGGAGAUGGGUCAGCAGGUUGAAAUAGCUUCCAUUCUUGAAAUGUUAGUAUUGUGUCCCAGAAUUUGAUAAAAUAAUGCCACUCGGCUUAAUGUUUGUAAUUUGGCAAUGGUUUUUUUCUCUUUUAUGUAAUUAUAAAAGGAAAAAGGUGAUUAUCAAUUGAUACGAAUUAUAAAAAAAAUUACCUUAGAAUCCAACUCGUUUCUUUUGUAUUCUGAUCAACAUUAUUCUUCUUCUAAUUAUUCUUAUUCUUCUAAAUGAUGUUAUUCAUCAAUAACACAAUAUUUAGAAAAUAAUAACGGUUGGAAUACUCCUGAGCUUGUUGGCAUGAAUUACCCUGAUUAGAUUAAAGGAAAAUAGCAAAAUUGUGAGAUUUUAUUCAGAAUUUUUGAAGGAAACUACGAUACGUUCGUAUAUAACUUCCUCAAAUAUGUAAUAGACGGAUGCAACUAUAAAGCACUUCUCAAAAUUGCACAAUUCCACGUUUCAUACAUUCUAGAUAUCAAACCACAUCUCAAACCUGCUUAAUUCUGCGUCUCGUCUGAAUAUCAAAUUAAAGAAUUAAGUGAAAUAAAUGCGCCAGACCGCAAUCAAUCUUCAGCAUCUAGAGCUUUUAAAGAUAUGAAAUGAAUAUUGAUUGUGAAUGUCAGACAAGGAAAUAUCUCUGCGUCUGUAAAUGACAGCAAUGCAUGUAGUUGGAUAAAUAACCUUCCAUACUGCUCAUGAAAAAUGUUAUGGGAAAUAAUGAAAAUCCUGCUUUCGCCAAUCAAUACCUUUAUUUUGUUUAAAGAAAUAUAUAUUGAAUCCUUUCCAUCUGUUCUUAAUACUUUGUAUAUAUUUUGAAAAGUGUGUAUGAUUUCCGUUUUAUUAUGUUUUCAUAAUACGUUUUUCGGCUAGAGCUCUGGUACUGAAAGUUCGCUUUAACAUUAAAGGGAUCCGGUAACUUUGUCUUAGAUCCUUUAUAAAUAAUCCUUGAUUUAGCUCAUGCUGCAAUGAUAAUUAUAAACCUUUAGGUCAGUCAGGAACUCCAUGACUUUCACAAGCCGAUCGCAUGUCUGAAUAUCAAGAUAUUAAUGAUUGGAAUUACAAAUUUUGAAAACCGUUCGCCGAACGGUUUUCAUAACACUACAGUCUAUUGGGGAAAACGAGUAUGGUA